AUGAAGGAGGUUGAGGGGCAGCCAUCCUAUCAGAACAAGGACGAUGUAUAUCUGGCCCGUAUGGGGAAGCGCCCUGUCUUGCAGAGAAAUUUUGGUUUGAUGUCCAUGGUCGGUUUUAGCUGUACUAUUCUUAUCACCUGGGAAGCCGUAACUACUGGCGGUCCGGCUGGUUCAGUAUAUGGCUACCUUUUCGUCUGGGCCGGCGUUACGGCGACCUUUGUCGUGGUAUCCGAGCUAGUAUCAAUGGCUCCUACAUCAGGAGGUCAAUACCACUGGUGCUCGAUGAUGGCACCCAAGUCUGUCAUGAAAGUCAGCAGUUAUAUCACAGGUUGGCUGACGGUCAUCGGAUGGCAGGCCACAUACGCCACCGGUUUGUAUCUGAACGGGAACUUCAUUGAGGCGCUAGUCAUUCUAACCAACCCUGACUAUACACCUGCACCGUGGCGCAAGACGCUUUAUUCGUGGGCCACAGCAGUCUUUGCAGCAACUAUGAAUAUUAUCGGAGGCAAGCUACUGCCUCGGUUUGAGGGCACAAUUCUCAUCCUCCAUAUCCUGGGUUUCUUCGCUAUCUUGAUCCCAUUGACGUACAUGGCAGAACAUAAACCUGCCUCAGAGGUAUUCACAUACUUUAUCAAUGAGGGCCAUUGGCCGACUCAGGGUCUCUCAUUUUUCAUUGGCAUCAUUGGUCCCGUCUUUGCAUUUGCAGGCGGCGAUGCAGCAGUUCAUAUGGUCGAAGAAAUGACCAACGCAACAGUAGCCGUCCCCUGGUCUCUAAUGCUCACAGUGCUCAUCAACGGAACCCUAGGCUUCAGUAUGCUAAUAGCGCUAUACUUCUGCCUCGGCGAUAUCGAAACUUCCCUUAAAUCCCCAACAGGCGUCCCCUUCCUAUCCAUCUUCUACCAAGCCACCGAAUCAACCGCCGGAACCGCAGCAGCCGGCUCCGUAAUCCAAGCCAUGUGCUGUUGCACAACAGUAGGCAUGCUCGCAUCGGCCUCGCGCCAAUUCUGGUCCUUCUCGCGAGACAGAGGUAUACCCGGCUGGCGCGUAUGGAGCAAAGUAACCCCCCGCACCGCAAUCCCAACCUACACUGUCCUCCUAACCAGCACAAUCGGCUGCCUCCUGAACUUAAUCAACAUCGGCUCCGACGUCGCCUUCAACAGCCUCGUCUCAAUGUCCACCUCAGGCCUGUACCUCUCCUACAUGAUCGCCGCGAGUCUACUCCUCUACCGCCGCUGCACAGGUGAAAUCAGUCAACCCAAGAGAAACUCCGAACAAACGAUGGUCAACACGGCAGGCGCCAAGCUCGUCUGGGGCCCGUUUCAUAUCCCCGGUAUAUGGGGUAUCGGAAUUAAUAUCUUUUCGUUGGUUUAUAUGUUCAUAGCUACUUUCUUUAGCUUUUGGCCCCCGAUAAAUGAGGUUAAUAGCGAGUCUAUGAAUUAUAGUGUGGUUGGGACUGGGGGGACGGUGUUCCUUAGUCUGGGGUAUUAUUUGGUUAGGGCGAGGGGGGUUUAUGAAGGGCCUGUUAUUGAGAUUUAG